AUAUGGAUGCCGGCAAAAAACUGAUCAUUGUUAAUUCUUCCUUUAAAUUUUUAAUCGAAGAUCUAUUUAAUGAACAUGUCAUGUUUGACAAACCUCCAGUCGAAACAAUUAAAGGAAUUUUGCAAACUAACAGAUUUACCAGAAAGCUCUUUAUGGAUAUGAUCCAGGAAAAAUUUAUUGAAAUCCUCGGUUGUAAUCCUGAAACCAGUUUUUUCACGCUACUUCGAUAUUGGAUCAGAAGUAACGAAAAUUAUUAUGAAUUCAGUAGUAAAAAGGUUCUUAAAAAUAGGACAUAUUCGAAAGAUGCUAAAUUGAUAUUCCAAAAAUUAUUUGAAGAAAUAUGUUCUAAAUUUGAUCAAGAACCAAUUAAAUUGUAUUGUAGUGUUUGUAAACAAGAAGUUUUUGAAGAAGAUGGUUGUAUUCAUCUAACACAAAGAAUUGAUUUUGUAGAAGUUUUUGAAUUUGCACAAUUUUCGAAAUAUCAUUGUGAUUACGAUCAUUACGAAGUGUUAGUACUUUCUAAGUGUUAUAAGAAAUUAGCUGAACGGAAGAUAUCACCAUAUAUACAAGAAAUUGCGCAAGAUUUAUUUGACGAAAAAUGUAUAAUUCCUUACAAUCCAACACGCUUUUCCAAAUACGGACAUGGUAAAGAAGUUACUACUGAAGGCCUAUGA